CGUCCCGUCCCUUCCUCCCUCCUCAUCCAGGGAUCCCUCCGGAAUUGGUCCUUGGGGUUGAUCCCGGAGAACUUCCCUUCCUCCCCUCGUCCCCUCCGUUCCCUUUGGAAGGCCCAGAACUCCCGGGAGAGGCGGCACCGGGAGCUGAUGGAGGAUUUUGGGAUCAAACGGGAGGUGUUGGGGGACGGGCGGGAGCGCUGGCACGGCUGCCGCAAGGACACCCCGAGGUGUUUCGGCUCCAUCCGGGAACGAACCCCUUCCUACCUCCACCUGGGGCGUUGGACCCCCCCUUGUUGCCUCCGAGCCCUCCGGGAAACCACCCGCCACGUGGUGGGGGCCCUGGAAUCCGCCGGGAUCCGUUACUGGUUGGAAGGGGGGUCCUUACUGGGAGCCGUGCGCUCCGGGGACAUCAUCCCGUGGGAUUACGACGUGGAUUUGGGGCUCUACCAAGAGGACCUGCCCAAGUGCCCCUACUUGGCCGCCCUGGUGGCCACGGGGACACCCCAAGAAGACCCCGAAGGUUUCCUGUGGGAAAAAGCCCCCGAGGGGGAAUUUUUCCGGGUCCAUUUCAGCCGCGUCAACCGGUUACACGUGGAUCUGUGGCCUUUUUACCCCCGGGGGGGCACGAUGACCAAGGACACGUGGUUGGGACACCCCCAGGACGUGGAGUUCCCCGAGAGGUUCCUC